AGUCGCGGGUUGCCGACGCUUGGCCGCGCUACGGACGGUGACGGGACUUCAGUCCCCUGUGCGCAUGUGCAGGAGUAGGAGGUUAGCACAUGUGCUCUCCACAUUCUAGAGUGUAUUGUGUUGGACUCUGGAUAUUUUAACAGCAAUCUGAUGAGCACAGUCGCCUAAAGCAACGUCACUACAAACUAACUCUCUUGAGUUACCCUCGGUUUCACCUACUAGUAGCUCAGCGUUGACAGUGGAAACAUGGGGAAAAACAGUAAGAAAAUGGAGAGCACUGGUAAUGCCACUUCCCCAGAGGAGGAGCCCCCAAGGGAUCCUGGCGUGACCCAGCACCACUCAUUCAAUGUCGAGGAACUGGAAGGGCACCAUGCCCAUUCCAUGUAUGUUGGCGUCCAUGUUCCAGGGGCCUACCGCCGCCGUUCUCGACACCACCGUCACCGCCACCACCACCACCACAAGAAUGCAAGCAAGGAUGGUACUGAGAACCGUCCAGUGAUGCCCCCGCUUGACGAGGACUGCCCUGAUGGCUUCUCUUUAACUCCUCCAAGCCAACGUGUGCAGUUUAUUCUGGGUGAGGAUGAUGAUGACACUGGUGCUCAUGACAUUCACCCACUCUUCAGUGAGAUGGAGACCCUCACAGAGAUGGAAGGAGGAGAAAUGGAGUGGAAGGAAACUGCCAGGUGGGUCAAGUUUGAAGAAGACGUGGAAGAAGGUGGUGAACGUUGGUCCAAACCUCACGUAGCAACAUUAUCUCUACAUUCCCUUUUUGAACUUCGUUCUUUCCUUCUUAAUGGAACUGUUAUUCUUGAUAUGGAUGCUACAUCUCUGGAACAGAUAUCUGAUCUUCUGUUGGAUAAUAUGAUCAAUCAAGGUCAACUUACUUAUGAAGGCAGGGAAAAGUUCCGUGAUGCACUUCUACGUAAGCAUAAACAUCUCUAUGAGAAGCAGAAAACUAAUAAAGAGAACGGCAACAUGUCCCGUCUGCCUUUAAUCCGCAGUUUGGCAGAAAUUGGACGCAAUCAUUCAUCCUCCAAAAGAGCGGGUGGCGGAAACAGUGCGAGUGUUACAUCCCACCCUGAUGGAGCGAUGGAGCAGUCCCCUUCUUCCGGCUCUAUUACACGCAACCACAGCGGAAGUAACCUUGAUGGAAAUGGUCAUGAACACAAGGGGAACACUCACUUCAUGAGGAAGAUUCCUGCCGGUGCGGAAGCCUCCAAUAUCCUCGUAGGAGAAGUGCCCUUCUUGGAAAAGCCCGCCACAGCUUUUGUCCGUUUAUCCCAAAGUGCCAAUCUUGGGGACUUGACAGAGGUGCCCGCUCCCCGCUUCCUGUACAUCAUAUUAGGUCCCAUGGGUGGUCUCCCAAGAUACCACGAAAUUGGUCGUGCCAUGGCCACCCUUCUCAGUGAUGAAGUGUUUCAUGAUGUAGCGUACAAGGCAAAAAAUAGAAGUCAUCUCCUAGCUGGUGUGGAUGAAUUCCUAGAUGCAGUGACUGUCCUGCCACCAGGAGAAUGGGAUCCAGCAAUCAGGAUUGAACCUCCUGCUGCCAUUCCGUCUCAACACACUCGUAAACAUAAGAAGACUGAACCAAUAGUAGUGAUAGACGAGGAAGAGGAGGAGCGAAAGAUGCGAGAGGAUGCUGGUCUCACUCGCACUGGACGAUUAUUUGGCGGCUUUUUGAAUGACAUUAAACGAAAAAAACCAUGGUACCUGAGUGAUUUUAAGGAUGGUUUCUCCAUACAGUCCAUAGCCUCCUUCAUUUUCAUCUACUUUGCUUGCCUAACUCCCAUCAUUACCUUUGGAGGUCUUCUUGGGGAGGCCACAGAAAAUCGCAUCGCUGCUUUGGAGUCCCUUGUUGCUGGCUUGAUUUGUGGAGUGGCAUAUGGAUUUUUCUCUGGCCAACCUCUAACUAUCUUGGGUUCAACAGGACCUGUUUUGGUAUUUGAAACAAUUUUAUAUGACUUCUGCAAAACAAUAGAGUGGGAUUACCUCUCAUUCCGCUUGUGGAUUGGUCUAUGGGCUGGGCUCAUUCUGCUCAUCCUAGUGGCUAUAGAUGCCUCAGCAAUGGUGUGCUAUAUUACUCGUUUCACAGAGGAAAACUUUGCUACCUUGAUUGCUUUCAUUUUUAUAUACAAGGCUGUUGAGAAAGUAUUGAAGAUUGGCCACAAGUAUCCCAUGGAGACGUUAGUUGAUGGUCCGAAAUUUUGUGAGUGUGUCCCACUGAAUGAAACAGAGGAGAUGUCAAACUCAACUGACUGGACUAGCAUCUCUGGGGAGGACUGUACACGAUUAUAUAAUGGUACAAUGGUGGGAGAUGGACCAGAAUGUGCACACUAUUAUGCUGAUGUGUUCCUGCUCAGUCUGAUUCUCUUCUUUGGUACCUUCGUUAUCUCCAUCUACCUAAAGGACUUCAAAACUGCUACAUUCUUCCCAUCUAAGGUUCGUCAGUUCAUCAGUGAUUUUGCUGUUAUUAUCGCUAUUGUUGCCAUGUCUGGAAUGGACUUCGCUCUUGGUAUUCACACACCAAAACUGGAUGUUCCCGGACAAUUCAAACCUACAUGGGAAGGCCGUGGAUGGGUUAUCCCGCCCUUCAGUGGUAACCCGUGGUGGUCAUCUAUAGUAGCUCUGGUUCCAGCCCUACUAGCCUGUAUUCUUCUGUUCAUGGACCAGCAGAUCACAGCUGUCAUUAUCAACAGGAAGGAGCACAAGCUUAAGAAGGGCGGUGGCUACCAUCUUGACUUGUUCAUCCUGUCAGUCCUCAUUAUAGUUAACUCUGUGAUGGGUCUCCCAUGGUUUGUGGCUGCUACUGUGCUCUCCAUUAACCACGUCAAUUCACUGAAGCUAGAGUCGGAGUGUGCCGCCCCUGGUGAGAAACCUCAGUUCCUUGGUGUCAGAGAAAAUCGUCUGACUCACAUUGCCAUCUUUAUCUUCAUUGGGUUGUCAGUAGUGAUGACACCAAUCCUCCGUAAGAUUCCCAUGGCUGUAUUAUUUGGUGUCUUCCUGUACAUGGGUAUUGCAGCGCUGAAGGGUAUUCAGUUCUUUGACCGUAUCCUCAUCAUGUUUAUGCCUGUCAAGUAUCAGCCUGAUUACACUUUCUUGAGACAAGUCCCAUUGAAAAAGGUGCAUUUGUUUACUGCAAUUCAGCUCACUUGUUUGGCUGUGCUGUGGAUCAUCAAGUCCUUCAAGCAGACUUCAAUCCUUUUCCCACUUAUGUUAGUGGUAAUGGUUGGUGUCCGAAAGUCACUGGAUUGGAUCUUUACUCAACGUGAACUCAAAAUCUUAGAUGACACCUUACCUGAGUUUAGCCGCAAGAAGAGGAUGGAGAUCGAAGUAGAUGAAGAGGAUGAGGAUGAAGAGGGCAAGAAGGAACCUCUCCCCACCAGUGAAGGUAUAAUGACCAUCCCACUGGCCAAUGGAAAUGUGAUGAAAGUUCCCUUGAAUCCAAUCAACAUCUCAGAGGAAGUCAACAAGAGUGGUGUGUGGAUGGACAUCAAUAAAGACCAGGAAAAGAAAGCUCCAAACUCCCCAACUAAGAACAAUGAGGAAAGGAGCCGUAAUAGCUGCAAACGCUGCCGCCGCCGCAAGAAGAGCCGUGCUAAUGAUGAAGUAAAUGGUGUGGCCAAUGGAGUGACUCAUGGGCAUGCAAGUGAUGUGGAAAUGAAUGGCAGCCCUAUGUGUAUGGGUCACUCAGAAAUUGAUUCCGACACAAAGGAAAGCACAUUGGAAAUUGAGAAUGAAUCGUGUCGUUUCACAAAGAAACGUGGUAACAAAAAAGAUGCUCUUAAUGAAGAGGAGAAGAAGAGACUGAGUAUGAUGGCAGAAGAGGAUGAAGAGGACGAAGGAAUAACAAUUAAGAUUGAAGGUCCACGACUCCAAAAGAAAGGAUCCAUUGUAAGUGCAGAAACAUCGGUGUAACAAUGUACGCAAGUAACCACCAGGUUACUGGAUGACUAUGAAGUUAUCUUAUUGCACAAGAGAAAACAAGUAGAGCUGGAGUAACAGAGCGCUCUCGGCACCAAGUUUCUGAAUUAAUGAAAGAGUAAGCUUAUGAAAAUGUAUCCAUAAUGGUGAAGUAUAUACAGUACUUGUACUCGGUAAGUGUAUUUUGCUUUAUCAAAAUGUAUCACUGUUCAUGAAGAAAAUGAAAGUCAAGCAGAAAUAAUAUGUAAUCAGUUGAGCAUCUACAGGUUGACAACCCUUUAUCCGAAAUUCCGAAAACCGAAAAGCUCUGAAAACCGAAAGUUUUUUAUUUUUUUUAUUUUUUU